AUGGCGUUCAGUCUCGAGUCGACACAAAAGCUUCGAGAUGGUAAUGAGAUCCCUCUAAUGGGCUUCGGGACUUACGAGAUGGAGGGGCAUGAGGCUUACUCAGCCGUGAAACAUGCGUUAGAGGCUGGGUACCGUCAUAUAGACUCGGCGGAAUGGUAUUAUAAUGAACGGCAAUGCGGGCGUGCAGUUGUGGACUUCUGUACUGCUUCAGGCGUACCGCGUUCCUCUAUCUUCUUUACCACAAAAUUGCAGACCAAUGCGGGCUAUGCGGCGGCGAAAGCCUCGAUCGCGCGAUCGCUCGAGACAUGUGGCCUAGGAUAUAUCGACCUCUAUCUCAUGCACUCUCCGAUUGGCGGGCCCACGAAGCGCGCAGACAGCUGGCGAGCUAUACUAGAGGCGAGAGAUGAGGGGAAAAUACGUAGUGCUGGUGUUAGCAAUUUUGGAGUCAAGCAUCUGAAGGAAAUUCUAGACUCUGGCGUUGAAUUACCUGUGCUCAAUCAGGUCGAUCUUCAUCCGUUUAUGACUCGCACAGACAUUGUCGCCAUUUGCAAGGAACACGAUAUCGCUCUCGAGGCAUGGGCACCCCUCGUUCGGGGUUAUCGCUUUACGCACCCGUCCAUCAGAAAUCUUGCGCAGAAGUACCACAAGGAGCCUGCCCAAGUCCUCUUGCGCUAUUCACUGCAGAAGGGCUAUAUCCCACUUCCUAAAUCUUCUUCACCGCCCCGUAUCAGGUCCAACCUCGAUGUAUAUGACUUCGAGCUUACUUCAGUGGAAAUCGCCCAUCUGGAUAAUCUGAACGAAGGUGCAAUUGUUAUUUCUGGCUGGCUGUCCUCGCUUAUACCUGUGUUCUAG